AUGUAUGGACGUACAUCACAACGUAUAUGUAAUUAUGAUUUGUCUAAUCAAGCUCUUUAUAAAACAUGUGCAAAUAUUGAACAGUCAAAACAUCAAACACAACUUCGAUGUCAAAAAAAAUCGACAUGUCAAAUUCUUAUAGAUAAUACUCUUUAUAAUGAUCCAUGUGGAUUAACAAUACCAAAACAUUUUGAAAUACAUUAUCGUUGUAUAAAUUAUGAUGAUAUAUGUUUUCAACUCUUUCUUAAUUGCUCAAAAACUAAAGAUUUAAAAUGUAUUAAAAAAAUUCAAGAUGAUUAUUCGUGUCAAUGUCCAUCAACAAUAUGUGAAUAUAAUUCUAAUAAUCAAUUAAGUGGUUUUAUUGAAACGAGAUGUUUAUCAGAACAUUUUCAAGGAAUUCAUUGGCCAAAAACACUUGUUAAUAAAGGCCAACAUAUGCCUUGUCCUUAUCCAUGUACUGGUCAAAUAUUUCGUUUUUGUCAUAUGAAUAGUCAAUGGUCAUCACCGAAUUAUACAAAUUGUGAAUGUCCGAUAAAUAAUUUUGAUCAAUCAUCAAUGCAUCGUUUAGCUCAUAGCUAUAUCUUUCAAUGUAAUUUUUGGUUAAUUAAUAGACUUUUGCCUCAGGAUAAUCAAUGCAUUUUUGGAAUUGAUGAUAAUGAUAAUAGUUCAUCUACUUGUCUUUUCCGUGCUUUUGAAAAGAUGUCAUUUACAUCCUGUUUAUCAUUUAGUAUUGAUUUUAAAAAUCUAGGUUUUGAAAUAUUUAUACCUAUGAAUAAUCAAAAUAGAUUUUAUUUACCAACAAUUAAUUCAGAAAAAUUUGGUUUAAAUCAAAUAAUUGUUGAGAAAAAUGAAAAUACAUAUACAAAAUUACCUAUGAUGUUUAUUGAUACGAAAAGUUUUAGUUCAUCAAUAACAUCAGUGAUUUUAGUUGAACAAUCAAUGAAUUUAACUUCAAUACAAACAGCAAAUGUGACAGUUAUAUUUAAUCAUCAAUCAUCUGAAUUACGUUAUCAAUGUCGUGCAUAUCGUUCAACAAAUUUAUCAUUUCAAUUCGAUUCAUCAGAUAUGUUUUUUGCAUGUCAAUUAUUAUGUUCAAAUGGUAGUCAUACUAUUUGUCAAUGUCCAUUUUACAAUCCAUUUAUGCGUUAUGUAUUACAUCUUGAUACAUCAAUACCUCAAGAUGAUUUUGAAUUAUUAAUGAUUGAUAAUGAUUUAAAAGAUAAAUGUUUAAUAAAUCAUAUGAACAAAUCAAUUGAAAAAUCAAUGUAUAAAAUAAAUAAUUAUUUAAAUAAAUUUUCAUCAUUUACUCAAAAGACAAAUUUAGCAAAAAAACUCAUUUCAUUUAUUGAUAAUUUAAUUGAUAAUGAAGAUGAAUGGAGAAAUGCAACAUGGAAUAUGACAAUUCAAUUGAUUCAAAAUGUCGAAUCUAUUGGUUUACAAUUAAUUGAUUUAUCAAAUCCAUUUAUUUCAAUUAAUAAUCAUAUUGAAUUAUUUGUUAAUUCUCAACAAUUUGAAAAUACCGAUCGUUCGAUAAUAAUUCUAUCGGAUGAAAAACUCAAUUGGACAUUUUUUACUAUUUCGAAAUUAGAUAAAUAUUUAAAGAAGUAUCAAUUAAAUAGUCAUAUUGUUAAUCUAAAUAUGAAACAAAUGCCUAAGAAAGAGAUUCAAAUAGUCUUUCGACAUUUGAAUCAAUUGAAUAUUUCUAAUCAAAUAUCAACUUGUGUUUAUUUAAAACAUAUUCCAAAUAGUGAUAGCCAAUGGAGUACAGAUGGAUGUUAUUUAUUAUCAUCGAAUAUAACUCAUUCAAUAUGUUCAUGUAAUCAUUUAUCAACAUUUGCAGUUUUAAUAAAUUUUCAAGAAAUUAUUGGAAAAUUAUCAGUGAAUAUACAUGAAUAUCGACUAUCGAUUAUAUCAAAAAUCGGAAGUGUAAUAUCGAUUAUUAGUUUAAUAUUAACAAUUAUUACAUUAAUAAUAAGACGUCGUAUGGAUAUUAAUGAUGAUUUAAUGAUUGUUCGUACUAUUCUUCAUAUAAAUAUGUCCAUUUGUUUAUUAAUUGCUCAAUUUUUAUUUCUAUUUGGUAUUGAUCAAAUACAAAAUAAGUUUGAUUGUCGAACAAUUAUUAUUUUAUUUCAUUAUUUUCUUCUUGCAACAUUAUCAUGGAUGUUUGUCGAUGGAAUUGAAUUAAUAAUUGCAUUAAAACAUGAUUUUAAAAUAGAUCGUAUAAGAAUAUUAGCUUAUUCAAUAUAUGCAUAUGGAUUUCCAUUACUUAUUGUUAUUCUUUCAAUUUCUCUUUCAUCUCAUGGAUUGGAUACAAGUAAAUACUGCUGGUUUUCGUAUGAGAAUGCAUUUAUAUGGGCAUUUGCAAUUCCAUUUGUUCUUCUUAUCUUUGCUAAUAUUAGUUUUUUCAUAAUAUCAAUUUAUACAAUAUGUAAACAUCGUAACACUUCUAAUUCAUAUCAAGGAAUUCGAUUUUCUUUACGUGAUAUAUCCAUAUUAUCAAUAUUAUUUGGUUUAACAUGGUUAAUAGGUUUAUUUCAUCUUCAACAACAAACUUUGCUUAUAUUUUCAUAUGGAUUUACAAUAUUAAAUUCAUUUCAAGGUUUAUUCAUAUUUAUAUUUUAUUGUCUAUUACAAAAACAAAUUCAACAUUUUUAUAUUCAUCGUAUUUCAAAUAUAUAUAAGAAAACAACUACUCAAGAAGAUAAACCAACACAACAUUAUAAUGCAAGUAGUAGUGGUUAUAGUUCAGCACAUUCAUCGGAAUUAAAUAAACAAAUUUUAUCGUUAGAUCAUCAAACAUCGUUUGGUACAAAUACAGAAUAUUUAUCAAGUAUGCCUAAUAGUUUAUUAAGUACAUUUCGUUAUCCAACAUCAAAUAUAACAUUACCACCUGAACAUAAUGAACAAUUAUUAAAAAAAUAUAAACAUGAUUUACAUCAUCAUGAUGAUCAUCAGUAUUAUGAAAUUAGUUAA